GCGGCGGAGAGCCGGGGCAGCUCCUCCACUCUGUCUGUGGGGAAGCUGGUGGGUGCCCCUGUCCUGCCUGGGGAAGCUGGUGGGUCCAGCUUCCUGCGGCCGCUCCAUCGGGAACUGCUCCCGGAUGGGGAAGCUGUAAGGAUGGACUGACCUUGCCACUUACUGCGGAUCCCAUUCGGCUCCAGAGUGAAUGUGCGGCAUCCUCCCCCUCCUCUCCCACCCAGGUGAUUCCAGAUCUUCCUCGUCGACAAACCCGGGGCUGAUGCAUCCCCUUUCCCUGCGCUGGUGCCUGACUCCUGCGUCCCAGGAUCCUUUCCCCGCCGCCGGGAAUGAGGGUCCCUCCUGCCCAUCGACUCUUGGCCUCGCUCGCUGCAGCAGAGGUUUCAUGUGAUCGGUGGCUGAGCAGCGCGCUGCCCGCUAUGGCCGGCUGGUUUAGGCGGCUCCUGCACAAGCCCAAGUCCAGCUCAGUGGAGAGCAGCCUCAAUGUCAGCCGCUCUGCUUCAUCCUCACCUUCCUCAUCCUCUGCCGAGAGCUCCAGCUCCUCUCCCAGCAUGAGCCUGGCCAGGUCCGUCCGCCUGUCGCCUGUCUCGCUGUCGGACAUCAACGCCUCGGGCAGCGCCCGGUGGGCCAAGAGCUACGAUGUCUGCAUCUGCCACAGCGAGGUGGACCUGGAGCUGGUGGAGGAGCUGGUGUCCUACCUGGAAGCUCAACCCGAAAGCUUGCGUUGCUUCCUCCAGCUGCGGGACGCAGCGCCGGGAAGCGCGGUGGUGACGGAACUGUGCGACGCCGUGCAAAACAGCCACUGCUGGGUCAUGCUCAUCACCCCCGGCUUCCUCCGGGACCCUUGGUGCAAGUACCAGAUGCACCAGGCGUUGGCCGAGGCUCCGAUGGCCAACGGGCGCACCAUCCCGGUGUUGAAGGACGUGGAUCGGAAGGAUUAUCCCAAGGAGCUGCGAAACCUCUACUACAUCUACAUGGCGCUGAAGGAGAACAGCUUCAGGCAGAUCAGAGACACCGUCAUGCGCUACCUCCAGGAGCUGUGCCAGAGCUCUGUGAGCUGGAAGGAGUAGUGCUGGGAGCAGGCAGAG